CAGGGAAAAAGCAGUCGGUGUCAGCAGCAGCAGGAGCUUUGACGUGCACAAUUUCCCUGCCUGGUUGGGAUACGGUUUCGGUCGGGCUGGUGGUGGAGCCGGAUCUUGUUGGGGAUCACCGGUGACGCUGAAACCGUGUAGUCGGAGGGAGCGAGGAUCUUCUGGGCCAGACCCAAGCCGGGCGGAGGCAGCAGGAGGGAGCGGUGAAGGAGAGACAAGGGCGUGAAGGACGCCGAAGCCCACGGCAUACUCGAAGAGGCCAAUCUUCUGUCGGCGGGCGCCCAGGUUACGGUCUCCACCGCCGCCGACUCUGCGGGGAACCAUGAAACCCAACUCAACGUGAAGAGGAAGGCAGCGUGGGUGAAGCCCCAGAGCACUCGCAGGUUGUUUCGUUUGUCGUUUCAACCAAUUUGACCCCUGUAACGUAGCCCCGGCCUCCGUCCUACCCAAAUUUUCCUCUGCAGAUAUGGCCAGACAGGGUUUGCUUUCGCCAACCGGUUCAUGCGGAGGAAAAAGUUUCCCCCCGGCUCCCCUCAAGAACAAGGGCGUGAUGUUCGUGGUGUAUCGGCGCCUAAACGCCGGUCGCUCUCUGUUGUUGGCCACUUUGUACGACGGGGAGGAUACUUCGGUGGGGGUGGGCUUGGUUUUUUGUUCCAAGUACGGAGGAAGAUACAUCCCUUGAAAUAUCUGUUUGCGUGGUCGUGCAAAAUUGGAUAGCGUUGUUCGAGAUUAACUGACACAGUUUUUAGGUGUCGUUGACGUCCUCGUUUCGAGUUGAUAGCGGAUAAAAUAGCUGAAGUCGAACCCCGUCGUGAUACGCACAACAACACAGCAUGGCGUAAUUCCGCGGGAAAAAUCAGAACCUACAUCGAGUGGGAGAUCACUAGAGCUUCGACCCCGCACCUAGUGCAGACAGGCGCAACUGUAGGAAUCUGUGGUUUGCAUGUCGCGUUCAUGGGCUGGUACCAAUCGAAACACUUUCAAAUGAAAUCCCGAACAUGAGAAAGCGCGGAGGGGAUUGAUCGUCACGAAACAAGGGGCACUACAUGGCUGUGAUAGAUUAACAAGAACACAUGCUCGGGACGCACGUAUGGAAAACUCGAAGAUCGCUUCAUGGCC